CACACUUUUCAGCUGCGCGCAUUCCAGAACACCGUAUCACCCACCCAACUCUCCCCGCCAUUUAAUCCUUCCUCGUGGCAAUGCCUCUCCUGAAGAAGGUGCACGGACCAUGGGCCCAUUCGGAUCCAUCAUCCCCUCCUCUGCCCAAACCUCUCCACGCACUCUCCACAGGACCACUUUCCCUGUCCCCCCUCCGCAGCAGUACCAGUAGUGUCAUGACCAGCACCUCGCAACCACCCCACCUCCUCUUCCAGAUCCCCGAACUCGUCUCUUUAAUCCUCGCAUUCCUUUCCCCAUACACGCUCCGGCACAGCACAAGCCUCGUCUGCCGCCAAUGGCGCACGUUGUCGCUUGAAUCCUCCGCACUUCCGCCCCUGAGAGCCGUAUGGACCACAGCAAUGGCACCUCACGAGGCCCAGGCGGCACUGAUGACCGAUAACAUAUUGGAGAGAUGUGGGUGCCUGUGUAUCAGGGGAGACCCGAAGAGGAGCUGGAAUCCAUAUGGCCCGAACUCGAAGGAGGAGAAGCAAAAGUCAUGGGAAACAUUCAUGAAGGCGCUCGAAGCGCUCGGUCGUUCAGAGGAAGGCAAAUUCAGUACCAGCAGAGCCACGAGGCCUAGUCGGAAGUUACGGAUAACGCAAUUGAUCAUCCAGGGCGACAUACCGAUCGCAACCCGCGUGGAGCCCUUGCUCGCUGGCUCGCCGCUACUGGCAACGACGUUGACGCACAUAAGGGUCGAGCACUUCAUGGCGGAGCCUGUCCUCGAGAUUGACGAGGUCCUCAAUGUUUGCAGAAACUUGGUGGACCUAUAUUUAGAGUCCCCUGGGCGUGAAGGGGAUUUCAACAAUACUGUCCCGGUCGAGCUACUCAUGCAUCCAUACAGCAUCCUUUGGUCCGCUCAUACAAAUGCGUCCAGGCAUCAGCUAAAGCUUCGCAGCUUCGUCGCCAAGGGUUUCCGGAUCAUGCUCCCUGUUAUCGAGGCAAUCGUGCGCCGUAGCCCCAUGAUCACAGCCCUCGAGAUUGUAUCGGCCUUUGGGGCAGAACGAGUAAAUUUGCAAGGGGGUGGUGGGUUCAAACUGGUGCCGUUUGAUCUCCCAUUGUUGUUCAGAACGAUGGCUGCUUCGCUUCCGAUGGUGCGGCAUAUUCAUGUCUCGUUCUCGAACCUUUCCAUGUCAACCAACGACGCGAGGGUCUUUCGCGAAUGCUUCGGAGGCGCCAAGUCUUGGUCCCUGAAUGGGGCCAUUCUCUCUUCAGAUAGCCUUUCCACCCUCCUCUCGGCUCCGCCCACGUUACCACAUCCUCCAGACGAUGCUGGAUUGUACUCAUGCCUAACCAGCCUCGAGAUCCUCUCUACAUCCACCACGCCGUCUCUCUCUAGUGCCCUUCACGCCUAUCUAGUAUCCCCGUCCGCCCGCUCACUCCUCCAUCUUGUAGCUCCCCAUAUUCCCUACGCGGUUGACUACUUUAAUCCACAUCUGCUUCACACCCAUCGUCUCUGGACUUGCCGAUCUCUCAGAACCCUCCGACUUCAUAUCCAUAUAAACCUCAACGCCCCCAACACAACACUGCCAUCUUACACCGAAUGGUCCGCUCGCACCCUAUGGGGAUACCUAACGCGUCUACUCCCCCGGCUCUGCGACCUAACGAUCCACCAUCCACGGAUGAUUUACGCCCUCGAAGGCGGAUUAUGUCUUUUGAGGCGCACGCGCUUCCUGGAACACAUCAACCUCUCUUCUGAAACGAAAGUCACGCUAGAGGAACGCGACCUCGCCUGGCUGAUCAAACACCCAACCAGGGCCCAGAAGAUUAAGCGCCACUUGUGGGUCGCGAAACUCAAGACCAAGGCCCGUUUUCCAAGUAGUGGGGAUGACAGUAGUGGCAGUAGGAGGGAUUGGGACCUAGGAGCGAUUGCGCAGGAACUUUGUCUGGAUUCAAUGGGUUCGCUCCAGGAUGUGCUGGACUGUCUAGAAGACGGCGACAAAGAUGGUGAAAGCGACCAGGGCUGCCUGCCGUACCUCGAGUCACUGGUCAUAGAACAGACAGGCAAUGGUGCUUAUCAAGGCAACACAAAGACAAAAGUCGAGACAGCAUUCCUCAUGAAGACCCUCCGAUCGGGGGUUUCCUUUCGUUUGGAGGCCUAAUAAGCACACACUUGUCAAUAAAGCGGUGAAUGCUCUCUGUAGCUAUUUCAACAUUGGU